CCCCGAACCACCACCCCAUCGUUGACCUGGGCAAUCCCCACCCGUUCAUGUUCAACAAGCUCACUCGCGACGACUAUCUCAGCGACCUCGUUUUCUCCUUACCGGUUCAUUAAAUCAAGCACCACAAUGUUUUUUCGACCUCUUCUCCGUCUUCCUCGUAUCUAUAGGGGCUUUGCAACCCAUGCCAGCUCGGCUACAUCGACAACGCCCGCUGUGCUGCAUCUCAAGACUGGCCAGUCAUUCUCUGGACGAUCUUUUGGGGCCCCUCGAAGUAUCUAUGGCGAGACUGUUUUCUCCACUUCUAUUACGUCAUACACAGAAUCGAUGACAGACCCGUCAUACCGUGGCCAAAUCCUUGUUUUCACCACCCCUCUCAUUGGCAAUUACGGCGUACCAAGCAACAAGGCUCCCAUGGACGCACAAAAUGUCGGUGUCGUUCUUGAAUCCCAAGGGAUCCAGUGUGCCGGCGUUGUGGUCGCGGACGUGGCAGAAAAAUAUUCCCACUAUCUUGCCGUUGAAUCCAUCGCAUCGUGGUGCAAUCGCUACAACAUCCCAGGCAUCACGGGUGUGGAUACUCGUGCCAUCACCACACUUCUCCGUGAUCAAGGUACCACUCUUGGACGUCUUGCUGUCGGUGCCGAUGUAUCGCAGCCGGCGCCUGCUGAGCACGAGUACUGGGAUCCGAGCCAGGAGAACCUCGUCGACCAGGUGUCCACCAAAGAGCCUUACGUACUUAACCCCACCGGCGACGUCAAGAUCGCUGUUCUUGACUUCGGUGCGAAGGCCAACAUUCUGCGCUCGCUCGUCCGCCGUGGCGCUGCUGUCACAGUCAUGCCGUGGAACUAUGAUUUCAACAGCGUCCGGGAUCAAUUUGAUGGACUGUUUUUGUCGAAUGGACCAGGUGACCCGCAGCAGUGCUGGGACGCCGCGUUGAAGUUGCGACAGACGCUGGCUGAGUGGACCAAACCGAUCUUUGGCAUCUGCAUGGGUCACCAGAUCAUUGGUAUGGCUGCGGGGCUCGAUGCCUACCGGAUGACGUUCGGAAAUCGUGGGCACAAUCAGCCCGUAUUGGCAUUAGCUUCGUCCGGAUCUAUCAAGGCUGGACGCGUCUAUGUGACUAGUCAAAAUCACCAGUAUGCUCUGAAACUCCAAGACCCUUUCCCACAAGGCUGGGAGCCUUUCUUUAUUAACUGCAACGAUUCGUCUGUCGAAGGCAUCAAGUCGACUGCAGAAUCUGGGAAGCGCGUUUGGGGCGUGCAGUUCCAUCCGGAGAGUGCAGGCGGACCACUCGACACUAUCGAGAUGUUCACGGACUUCGUGGCUGAAUGUCGCGCUGUGAAGCUCCAGGUGGGGCUUGACAUCAAUGAUACCACGGGCGCUGCGACGGUAGUGCCAGAUUUGCGACAGGCUUCUGUGCCUCGACCAAUUGCUGCGACUGCUUGAUAUGUGAUGGAUUUCUUCUGUGAUCUCUUUAUCAAGCGCCAUGUUUGAUAACGCUGUAUUAUACGCUUAAAUUUGCUGUUCUGUUCUGUUC